CCCUCCCUUAACCCCAGCCGUGCUUCGCUCGUGAAGCUGCUGCUUUCCCUUGCUCGCUCUCUAACCUCCUCCUCCCCCCUCCCUCCCCGUCGCUAUGCCCGGAAUUCGAACCCUAGCCUGAGCUCGGGCGCGCCCCUGAUCCCCUGUUCGCCAUGGAUCGCCCGCCACAUCUCGACAUCGACCUCAACGAGGCGCCCUCGCCGCCGCCCUCGCCGCCGGCGGCGGUUCCUCAGUCGCCGCCGCGCGGGUUCGCUGCCCCCAUUUUUGCUCCUCCGCCUCCGCUGCUGCUGCCGCCGCCGCCACCACCCCAGCCCCAGCCUCCCGCCAACGCGCAGGCCCAGCUGCUGCUCGCGCACCAGGCCCGCGAGAUAGCGCUGGCGUACCACCGUGGGGAGUCGUGGAGGCUGGCUGCUGCUACGGCCAUUGCGGCCGUGACCGCUGGUUCGUCGGUGGAGGUGCCGCCUCCAGCGCAGCACCCGGGAGUAGCGGGGUGGGGGAACCCGCCGCCCCCGUGCGCGUCCUGCGGCCUCCCCGAGCUGCCGGGGGCCACCAUUAUCUGUGACGCCUGCGAACGUGGGUUCCACGAAUCCUGCGUCCACGUCUGGGGGCCGCUUAUGCGCCAGCCUCCGCCACCACCGCUGCCCACCCCCCCUGGCGUGCGGCGGCCUCCGGUAGCCGUGAACGAGGACUGGAUGUGCCCGGCGUGUGAGAUAGGUGGUGCCCACUCUAAGCGCUGGAAGCUUCGAGCAGUGCCGCUCGACAUCAAUGCUGCCCCACGGGAGGAUCCUGUUGCCAUCACCGUCGGAGACAUCACCAGGCAAGUAAGUGUUGCUGAUGGAGCUCACUUGACCGAAUUGGCUACUCCACGUUUCGAGGGGCUGCAAUUGAAUAAUACAACUCCUUUUGAUGGGAAUCACUUUAUGCCAGCAUUUGGUCUUCCUCAUUGUUUUAGCAUAAGACAACAAUUUCCUCCUGUGGAUCAAAAUUUCAUUGCUGAUGGAAACAUAGAACAGAGGUCCAAUCAUACACGCCGCAGGAGAAGAGAUUUUCCACAAACAUCAGCAUUGCCCAAGUUUUCUGAGAAGCACGAGUUUGUAAGUUCCAGCAUUUUGAUGGAGCCAUCAUUUUUUAUGAAAGCAACAGCCCCGAGUCCUACAGAAGAAAGAAAUCCACUAAAGCCUCCAAAAUUUCUUGCGGAAAAUUGCAACCGUCAACCACAUCAUCGCAGUGUUGGCCUACCUGUUCAAUAUCAAGAUUUCUUUAUAACUAGCUUGGGAGAAAUUGAUAAACAGGCAAGCUACCACAAUUGCCACCAGAUAUGGCCAGUGGGUUUUACGUCUUACUGGCAUGAUAGAGUUACUGGUUCACUGUUUGAGUGUGAGGUGUGUGAUGGAGGGAGUUUUGGGCCUUUGUUUAAGGUCAGAAGGUUACCAUGCUCAGCGUUCCCCCUUCCAGAAGCCUCGACCAUUCUCUCUCAGAAUGGUGCAAGAAAGGCUGAUACAAUUGAAACAAAGGAAAGUAGCAGUUUUAUUGGAGAUGCUGCUAAUGAUAUGGAUGAUGAUCUUUAUAUGAUCCGGGAUGUUCCCUCUGAGACCAAUCAAGAUUUCUUAUCAUGUCUUACCAAUGAUACAGAGGAUAAAAUGACUUCUUUGGGUUGCAAUGAUGUACAGAGUUCAAAUAUGGUGUCACAAAUACUACCUUCAAAUUCAGAGAAUGUUCCACCAAGUAAGGAAGCCAAUAUUAAUGACCAAAUUGGUGAGUUUACAUUUGAGGGAACAUCAUCCUCUUCAGUAUGGAGGAUGAUUUCUUGUGCUAUGGUGGAAGCUUGUGAAAAAAUGUACAAGGAACAUGGGCAUUUGGUCUUCUCAUGCACACACAGUAGUGGAAAUCAUUUGUUAAACAAGGGGAGUGGAUGUCAGAACUUUGAUGGUCCUUACGCUCCCUUAACUAGAUUUUGCUCAUCCAAUGGCCCCAGUAUACCACGAAUUAUAGAAAAGAAGAAUGAUGUGGAAUCUACUUAUACAUUACUGAAGAAGUGGUUAUACCAUGAUAGAAUUGGGCUUGAUUUGGAAUUUGUUCAAGAAAUUGUGGAGUCUCUUCCUAGAUCCAGGUCUUGCAUAAACUACCAGUUCUUGUGCAAUAGGGCUGAAUUUCACUCUUCUAUGACAGUUGCAAGUGGUUUACUUAUAUCUGUGCAUAAAGAUGGCCAAAGUAAUGGAGAUAUGUCAUAUGAUAGACAUGGUGCGGUGACUGGGCUACAUGAUCAUGUUCAGCCCAGCAGUUCUAGCAUCCGUGAGCUACCUCCGGGACGUCCUAUUAGCCAUAAGCUUCCACCAGAAUCGGCGGGAGAUGUUUUCCAGAUAUGGGAGUUCUUGGGGCGUUUUGCUGAAAUCAUUGGUCUCAAAGAAGUGCCUUCAUAUGAACAAUUGGAAGAUGAACUUGUUGACCCAUGGCCAGUUUGUGGAAAUCAGAAAGAAACAUUGUUGAAGGGCAUUCAACAAUGUAGGGAUUACUCUUCACCGAUGAAUUCCCCUGCAAAUGUUUCUAUAUCACAUUCAAAUAGUGAAUCUGGUCUAUCCAAUAAUGAAGAGAUUGUGUCUGUGUUUAUUCCUGUGGAAACUUCUUCUAUGAAGGAAGCUGGUCAAGAUAAAUUGGCAGCGCAGACACUUGGGAGGUGCACUGGUGUAGUAUUGCCUGGAGUUCACCUUGCACUCUUCAAGGUUCUUUUUGGUGAGCUACUGUCAAAGGUUGCCGUAUUUGUAGAUCCAAACAUUGACCCCAAAGAAUCAAAACCCAGGCGUGGAAGAAAGAAGGACACUGAGAGCCUCAUUUCAACAAAGGAAUUUAACUUUGAUAUGCUAACUGCUAACAAGUUGACUUGGCCCGAGUUGGCUAGAAGGUACAUGCUAGCUAUUUCUUCCAUAAAUGGGUGCAUGGACGUGUCUGACAUUUCCAGUCGAGAAGGGGUGAAGUUAUUCCGCUGCCUACAAGGUGAUGGUGGCAUACUGUGCGGAGCAGUACCUGGGGUUGCCGGCAUGGAGAAGGAUGCCCUGCUGCUUCUGGAGGCGGAAAAUUUGAUAUGCAGUUCUCUAUCAAGUGAAGGAAACAAGGUUUUUAUGAUGGAUUACAAAUACACUGGUAUGAUAGAUUCUGCUGAGGUGCCUAUUGCUGAUAAUAGAACAUUGCCAGAUUGGGCAGAACCACUAGAGCCGGUGAGAAAAUUACCGACAAAUGUGGGAACAAGAAUUAGAAAGUGUGUUUAUGAAGCUUUGGAUCGAAAACCACCAGAAUGGGCAAGGAAAAUUUUGGAACAUUCGAUAAGUAAAGAGGUCUACAAGGGUAAUGCAUCUGGACCAACCAAGAAAGCUGUUUUGUCUGUGUUGUCAGAGGCAUGCCGUGUAAUAGUGCCACAAAAACCUGAAAACCCAAGAAAUGAAAGGAAAACUAUUUCCAUCUCAGAGGUUAUCUUGAAAAAGUGUCGUAUUGCUCUGCGCCAUGCCAUUUCUUCAGAUGAAUCUAAGCUUUUUGGGAAUUUGCUUGGAACUACUCUAAUGAACUCUAAUGAGAAUGAGGAUGAGGGCAUCCUUGGAUUUUCUGGUAUGGUGCCACGCCCUUUGGACUUCCGCACAAUUGAUACAAGGUUGGCUAUGGGCGCUUACUGUGGAUCUUGGGAGACUUUUUUUGAGGAUGUGCAAGAGGUAAUCCGUAAUCUGCACACUGCAUUUGCUGAUCGAGCUGAUGUAGUGGAAAUGGUUGCAGAAUUGUCUCAGAGUCUUGAAUCCUUAUAUAAGACAGAGGUGCUCGACCUUGUUCAGAAAUUUGAUUGUCACCUGUCUAAUGAGAAUACUGAUUCAGAAAUCCAUGAGGAGCUACAUGAAAUUCUGACUGCAGCAACCAAAUUACCUAAAGCUCCAUGGGAGGAGGGUGUUUGCAAAGUAUGUGGCAUUGAUAGAGAUGAUGAAAGUGUUCUCUUAUGUGAUGAGUGUGACUCGGAAUACCAUACUUACUGCUUGAAUCCACCACUAGCUCGUAUACCACAAGGAGACUGGUUCUGCCCAUCGUGCAUAUUAAAGCCAAAGAAAAAAUCACGUCUUGACCAGGGUGCUCAGGAUUCCAAACGACAACGAAAAGGAGCAGAGUCUCAUGUUCACGACAAACCGUCGUGCAUGUCAGGUCAAAAGAAAUCACAUCCUGACCAGGGUGUUCAGGAUCUGAAACGACAACGAAAAGGAGCCUUUCACGACAUACUUAUUAAGUUAACUGUAGCAAUGGAACAAAAGGAGUACUGGGAGCUUAGCACACAAGAGAGAAUAAAUAUGCUGAAAUUUCUAUGUGAUGAAAUGCUCAACACAGUCCUGGUAAGAGAACAUAUAGAAAAAUGUCCAGAUAAGUUGAAUGACCUCCAGCAGAAGUUUCGUGCUUUGAAUUUUGAAUUGAAAGAUUUGAAGUAUAAGGAGGAAAUGAGGACUUCAUAUGCUAGACAAAGCAGAUGGAGCAAGACUGAACAGCACGUUAGCAAUUGUUCUGGACUUGCGGAAAAUCAACAGAAUGAAGUGGCCAUAGCAUCAGACCAUCUUGAAGAGUCUGAACAAGGUAAUACUGGAGUUAACCUCAACCAGCCAGCUGAAGGGACACCUCCUGGGCAACUAAAUGUUGGCAAACCUUGCAAAAGUGACAAUGGCAUGUCUAUGGUUGAAGAAAAUAAGUCUUUGGAACUUUCUGAACAACCAUCAGGGACAGGUAGUGACCGGAUUGAAGGGAACAUUAUGAACGAAAGGUCGCGUGAUAACUUCAAUUUGGUGGACACUCCUAUUGCUGAAAGAGAACCAGUAGCUACACCUCUCAGUACACCGGGUGGGGAGUUGCCUGAUGAAAAUGCCAGCGCAUCCCAAGAUAAUCUGAAAAUGUCAACAACUAGAUCACUUGAGCAAGCUGCUGAUAAUGGUGAAAUGGAUACUUUAUCGGAUGAGAUUUCAAAAGUGCAGGAGUCAAUUGGCACAGUAGAGUCACAACUUAAUAUGUCAUCCCUCAGAAGAGAUUGUUUGGGAAAGGAUUCCUUGGGUCGAUUGUACUGGGUUUUAGGACGAUCUGGUAAACGUCCUUUGCUGGUCGCUGAUGGAAGCAUGCUGAUAUGCAAGGAGAGGGACAUUAACAUGGUUAAUAGCUACCCCCCAUCUACUUCUGAUUGUAAAGGAUGGAAUUCUGCAUCUGUUGUCAUUUAUGAAUCGGAUGACGAAAUCCGUAGUCUUGUUGACUGGCUAAGGGAGUACGAUCCAAGGGAAAAGGAGCUGAAAGAUGCUAUCCAGCAGUGGCAGCGGCAUCUUUAUCACCUGGGUAAUUUUGUUCUCAGUGAUCCUCCAAUAUCCAAGGGGUCGAACAGCGAGCAGCAGCUUAUGGACCUUCCCAGUACCAAGGCUGGAGCAAUUUUGGAGAAAACAUGCCGCUGUGACUGCUUAGAGCCUAUAUGGCCUGCUCAACACCACUGCGUAGCAUGUCAUGAGACUUACUCCACAUCAACGGAGUAUGAAGAGCAUGCUGGAAAGUGCAAUGGAGAUGUCAAGGAGAAGGAUUCCGUUGAUCCGAGCUCCACUGCCGAGUCCAGAAAACUGAAGUCAUGCCCAUAUGACUUUGAAGAGAUUUGCAGAAAAUUUACCACAAAUGAUUCAAACAAGGAGAUAGUGAAGGAUAUUGGACUUAUUGGAUCAAAUGGAGUUCCAUCUUUUGUCCCUUCACCUGCAUCUUAUCUUGAGCCUCCAGUUAUUCUGAAUAAAAACAAAAAAGAUGAUAUCCCAAAUGAUUGGGUUUCCUCCUUGGAGGAAUGCCAGGCAAUGUCUGCACAAAAGUUAGGACAGGAGGGGUCCAAUUCCGGUCAAAAUUGUCCUGGUAGCACGGGUGAUGAAAAUGUGUCAAAAUCUAAGAAGCCCGCCUCUGAUAGUACUUCCUGUGAGGAAGCAUCUUCUGCAACAGACAAGCCAACAAGAUUGCUAGCUGUUAAUGGUGGCUUGGUUCCGGAGUCAUCAUUGAGGCCUGUUAUAGGAAGAAACUCUCAUAUCCUAAAGCAGCAGAAGAUAAAUUUGCUUGAUAUCGAUGCAGCGUUGCCUGAGGAAGCUUUGAGAGCCUCAAAGUCUCAACAAAUAAGAAGGCGUUCAUGGCGUGCUUUUGUGAAGCAUGCAGAAUCAAUAUCCGAGAUGGUACUGGCGACCAGUGUGUUGGAGAAUAUGAUAAAAUCCGAGUUCCUGAAGAAUGAUUGGUGGUACUGGUCCUCCUUCACAGUAGCUAUGAAGACCUCAACUGUAUCCUCGCUCGCUCUCAGGAUCUACACUCUUGAUGACUGUAUCAUGUACACCAAGGAGCCUAACACCAUGGUGGCUGACAGUACAAAGGUUGUAAACAAGGGGAAGAGGAGGAAAGAGCCAGAACCAUCAGCGUCGUAAUCUGCGCUGCUCUAUUGCAUACCCCAAACUUAGAAGUUCCGCAGACGGUGCAACAAUGUGACGCUGUGGUGAUAGAGAUGGUAUAGACAGAGUCUUUGGUUAUGUGGUCCCUUGAGUGGUUGAGCCUUUAGGCUAGCUAGCUUUGAUUCUGGUGUUCCUGCAAGGGUGCAACCUUGACCGUUCAUUUAAAUAAGUCAUAUUUACCAGACUAUAGUUGUGCGCCUUAGAUAUGUUAGGGCCAGCGAAGAAGGAAAAUGCGUUGUUUUGAGGAUGGCAGCCGCAAUAGCUGUCGUUCAAGUUUUCUGCCGGGAGCGGCUGCAUGCGAGCGUAGUUUUUUCCUUUUGGGCUAAUCUGUUUUGGCUUUCAGGGAUACAUAUCAUUCAUGUUAGCUCCCGGUCUGAGAACCCGAGGAUAUUGUGCCUCAUUUUGUACCCACCUUCACAUGAUUGACAGCAUGUGGCGGGUAGUGGCCGUUAGCCUUUCUGUUCAACGAUGCAUGUUUGUUAGCCUUUC